AUGCACGCGCGCGCUUCAGCGGGUUCAUUCUCGGCCCUGCUUGUCCUCGUGCAGUACUGUGCGUGUGUUCACACGGAGGCUGUGGGGUUGCGCCCCGGUGCCAGUCAUCCCACAUCACCGGCCUCGCUAUCACACACCUUCGCCUCAUCCAGCACCAAGCGCUUCCCAAGAGCAAGCAAGGACUCCGCAGAGCCUCACGAGUACAUGCUUUCCAUCUAUAAGGCUUUCUCGGCUGCUGAGAAACUUGGACUGAACGCGAGCCUUUUCCGUUCAUCUAAAGCCGCAAACAUCAUCACAAGUUUUGUGGAUAACGGACAAGAUGACUCUCCAAACUCUCCACUAUGGACACAGAAGUAUCUCUUUGAUAUCUCAACACUUUCUGAUAAAGUCGAGCUGCUGGGUGCCGAACUAAGAGUCUACACAAAAGUCUCUGGACACUUCCCAACAUCUGACGCAGGUCCUAUGGAGAUUCAGCUUCUUUCCUGCCAGACUCACAAACUUCUGGAUUCCAAAAUCUUAGACUUGCACGACUCUCACACAGCAAGAUGGGAAGUCCUAGAUGUGUGGGAGAUCUUUGCAGAACGGCAUUUGCACACACAAAGGAACUUCUUCUGUCUGGAGCUCAAGGUUUCCCUCGACAAGCCUGAGAGGGAAAUCGACUUACGGUAUCUUGGAUUUCACAGAUACGGGCGCCCACGACGGAAGAAAGCCAUAUUAGUGGUGUACACCAAGUCAAAGAAGAGGCAGAGCUUGUACUAUGAGAAAAAAGGGAAAAUUAAAUUGGACCCUGACCAGACUGGAAAGGAGAAAGUCCCUCGCGUAAAACCUCAGCGGAAGCGGCGGACAGCAUUAACCAACCGUCACGGCAAACGGCAGGGCAGAAAGUCCAAGUCUAGAUGCAGCAAGAAGCCACUGCAUGUCAAUUUCAAAGAACUGGGCUGGGAUGACUGGAUUAUCGCUCCUUUGGAUUAUGAGGCAUACCACUGUGAGGGUAUCUGUGACUUUCCACUUAGGUCUCAUUUGGAGCCCACUAAUCAUGCCAUCAUACAGACUUUGAUGAACUCUAUGAACCCCAGCAACAUGCCACCCAGCUGCUGUGUGCCUUCCAAACUUAGCCCAAUCAGCAUCUUGUACAUUGAUGCUGGGAAUAAUGUAGUAUACAAACAGUAUGAGGACAUGGUGGUGGAGUCAUGUGGAUGCAGGUGACUGAUGGUGUUCCUCAAAAUUAAGAGUCCAAAUACUUAGUCAUGCCUCUUAGAUAAAUGAGUGGAGAGUUAAACAUUAGAGCUGAGAAAGAUUUUGUAGACCAGUCAUCGGUAGCUAUGGGGUUCAGUAA